UCAUAAUUUUUUUCUUGAUAUUUUGACGUCCUCGUUCAAGUUGUAUCGGUUUUCACCUGCGAAUCAAUUUAAGUUUUUCUAUAAAAGUACAGCGAACAUAGUACAAAAAUCACAUAAGACUUGAAGCUAAGAUAUUAAACAUGGUACGCGUAAUCACCCAAGACACCUACGAUGAGGUUGUUAAAGAAAAUAUGGAAGAAUUCGACAUGAGUCCAGAAGAAGCAAUAAACGAAGCCGUAGCUCAAUUUGAAGCACAAGGUGUGGACUUAUCAAAUAUAAUAAAAGACUUAGCACUAAGUUCUGGAGAUGACCAUCUAGUGUCCACAACGGUAGCGAAAUUGAAAGAAAUUUGGGAUGACAAACAACGCGAUUUUAAUGAUCUGAUGAAAGAAUUUGAUACAUUGAAGUCUGAAUGCGCUAAAGACAUAGCUCGGCGAGUCAGGGCAAGUAAAGAUGGCGCGUACAAAGUACUAAUCACAAUCUUAGACUCGAAACAGAGUAAAUUCUUCCAAGAGUUGAGUGAUCAUGACAGGCGACUGAUAUUGAAGGUAUUGGACUGCCUGAUAGCAUUAAUGGACAUGCAGCCAGACCUCCUUGAUCAUAAGGGGAUUGAUUUGAUAAAGAAUAUGCUUGAUAAUGUAGAAGAUGAAGAGAUAUUAACGUCAACUCUCAAAUGGACCACAAACUGUUGUAUAAAACAUGAGAUGAACCGACAGAAGUUGUUUGCGAAAAGUAUUUCUGAUAACCUCAAGUGUAUGCUAAAGGUUACUGGCAAUGUGAAGUUGCUGAGUGCAACCCUUGAAGUCAUUAGGAAAUUGACAUUAGAUGAUGACAUUAGAGUUGAAUUUGGCAAAGCGCAUGACCAUGCGAAGGAAUUGGGUGCCCACCUUUUGGUACCACUCACGAAUUUAUUAAAAGAGAACACACAACCGCCGCUAGCUUCAGAGCUGAUGCUAACAAUGGCCGCCUUGUUGGUACGUCACGAGUUGUGCAAAAUGGUCGCCGAUGCUGGAUCCGACGUACUGUUUACAGUGCUAGCUGAUAAUUAUGAAAAUGUUGCUGUUGUACAGCAAGCUAAUAAAUUAAUAACAGCUUUAGCAGGCAACGAUGAUGUGAAAAGAGAUCUAGUCAAAAGUGGUAUAGCGCCUGUUAUGGUGUCCAUAUUGGCCAGACAUUCGAGCAACGCAACAGCAACAGCAUUAACCCUGAAGUGUAUAGCGGCGCUGACGCUCCGCGAGCCGACGCACAGCCGACUGUUCUUCGACUGCGGCGCGCCUGAAGUCAUCGCCGACUGCAUGAAAGUGCAUCCUGAUAACGCGGCCGUGCAGAAAAACGGCUGCUGGGCGAUAAGGAACAUGGUGGCGCGUUGUCGCGAACAAAACCCGAAGUUUCACGAAUUGGGAAUCGAAGCUAUACUCAACCAAUCGUACGAGAAGUUCGGGCAAGACUUCGGGUUCGACAUCAAGUCGGCGCUGAGGGACUUGGAGUGUGAUGUCAAGUUAGAUGAACAGUGGACUGGUAAAGGAGUUCAAAUGAGCAAUGAUAGUUAAUAUGUGAUCAUAAUUUUACAUUUUAGGGUAGGUAGAGAUGUAUCCACUUAACCCCGAGUAAUAGGGGGUGAAACUAAUUAUAAUUAUAAUUUGAUGUUCUUACUUAUUAUAAAAAUCUCCCGUCUUGUCUGGCUGAACGCGAUGAACUCAAAAUCUAUCGGAUUUGGAUAAAGUUUGACAUGAAGAUAGUUUGGGGCCCUAGGAAAGACAUAGGCAAGAUUUUUUCGGGUAAAAUAUAUAGAGGGGCGUUUGUACCGCUUUCAAGCGAAGCCGCGAAGAUAAGCUAGUCGUCAAUUGAAAUUUCAUUCUCUCCAGCUAUAUAAGGUCCCCAAUAAUUUAAGUAUAAAUUAAUAUUUUUAUCGCGUACAAAAGUCCUUUGUUUUUAAUAAUGUAAUUUCUUUUUCUUUUUUUGUAAUAUAGAAUAAAAAGAAUUUAAGGGGCGAAAAUAUACUAAACUUAUAUUGAGAUUAAUUAAAAUACCAGAAGGUCUCUCGUAUGUCAGAGCUCUUCUGAAUGAGUACCUAAGUUAUCGUGGUUUUCUACCGCCGUAUGGAGCAGCUCCUUAAGUUAUUCACCCCCUAUUACUAGACAAAAUGGUACAUCGAAACUACGGUUUUAUUAUCAAGGACAUAAGGUUGUUUACACGUACGCAUUUUUUGCGACUUAUUUUAACUAAAUAUACUUUAAACUCAUGUAUUUUUUAUUAAAAUAACACAAUUUAACUGUGAUUUAUAUAAUGCUUUCUUAUAUUUACGCGAAUGUUAGACAUUAUUAUAAUAAUCUUGCGGAUUUUAUCACGGUAUUUAGAUUAUAAUUAUAUAUUAUCUUUUUGUAUACAUAGUAUGUAUUUUAAUUUAGUAAAUGACUGUAUAGUAAAUAAAUAAAAUAAAUAAUAAAAUAAAAUAAAUAAUGGAACCCAAAAGACCGGCUGCCAGACUUCAAGACACUGUGAGCUCAUUCUGCGUAGAUCGGACCACCAACAACUAAAAUUGUAUAAUUGUAAAAUGUAGGUAGAUGUUGUUAUUUUGACUUUGCGGAUGAACAACACCUCAGUCCGUGGUCACGAAGGCUGCAGUCUUCGAAACGUCGGGAGAAUGUUAUAAUAUAAAAACCGCUGUAAAAUCCGUAAAAUAGUUUUAUUUUAAUGUGAUUUAUAUGACAAAGUUUUGUUAACGGCCUGAAGUUAGGAACAGUUAUUAUUUAAUCGUACUGAACAUAGUCACGCUAUUCUAUCUAUAGCCGCAGUAUAGCCUAACAAGGAAAUAAUUGAUUCUGCAUUGUUGAUUCCGCCCAUCUCCUAAAGUACACAUUAUUUUAAUUUGCAACCAAUAAUAUUAGAUAGAAAAUUUAAUAAGGAAUAUGUAGGUAGUCUAAAUUUUUCAGAGAACUGAAAUUAGUUUUCAAAGAAAUUAUUGGUAAUUAUUUGCAUCUUCGUAAUUCAUGCGCCUUAAAUGUAAGGAACAAAUAUUCAAGGCCGUUUGCUCGGAAGAGGGCCUUAAUUUAACUUA